AUGCCGGUUCCUGCUGGAUUGCCCGAGACUUUCUACUGUACUGAGAAGAUCGACUUCUCCAAAGAUGUGGAUGCGAGUAACUUGAAGGGCAAGAGCGUCGUCGUAACAGGUGGCGCGAAUGGCCUUGGUGCAGGGUCCGUGAAGGCAUUCGCGGAAGCAGGAGCCUACGUCACGAUCCUAGACAUCAACGAAGAGCAAGGAAACGCAGUAUCCCACACUCUAAACGCAGCAGGCCAUCACGUCCAAUUCACAAAAACCGACAUGACCUCCUUCUCCUCGCAAACCGCAGGCUUCAAAUCCGCCCUCUCCUUCGCCCCCUCCAAAUCCAUCGACAUAGUCCUCGCCAGUGCCGGCCUAUCCGGAACCUCGAUCAAAACCUGGGUCGACAACUUGCCCACCAGCCAGCCCGACGCGGAGCCCGAACUGCCCACCACCGUCGUCAUCGACGUCAAUCUCAUGGGCGUGUACUACACCGCGCAUCUUGCGCUCUUCUACUUCAAGCAGACCGCGACGUCUGGGGAUGCAGCGAGCAAGCAGUUGAUCCUUAUUUCGAGUCUGGCGGGGUAUGUGACGUUGAGUAAUGUGGCGGAUUAUAACGCGAGUAAAUAUGGGGUGAGGGGCUUCUGGCGAGCUAUCCGACAAUCUAGGCAGAUCCUGGGCCCCGACACACCCCCCUUCCGCACUAACCUCAUAGCGCCGACCUUCAUGCGGACGAACAUGACCACGGACGUUGAGCCCGCGUUGACGGCGAUGGGCAUCGAAUUCGGGGCCGUGGAGGACGUGGUCGCGGGUAUUAUGAGGGUGGCGUGCGACGAGAGCAUCUAUGGGCGGACGGUGGCGAUUGCGGCUGGGAAGGAGGCGCCCGGCGAUAGGAACUGGGACCUCUGCGAUGAUUGGGAGGGCCUGGAUGGCGGGCGGGAUACGCUGGGUGGGAUUACGGAUGGGAGGAUUAGGGGGUUAGAGCUGUGUGGGUUGGGGAAUUAUGGGAGGGAUAAUCCUUUUAGGGAGAUGGCGCGCAAGUAA